UCAAUAACUCACCAGGAGGCUGCUAUUCUCCCUCCGCUUCCCACCCUCCCACUUGUCUCGGUAUCUCUGCAUUCAUGCCUUUUUGGCCCUCCCUCGGCAGCGGGUGAGGAAUAAAGCAGCGCUGGCUGAGCACGACGCAGGCUGCGCUAGGGAUGCUGUGAGCCAGCGGAGGGAAGCCUGAAUCACCGGCACCUCAAGGAUUUUUAGAUGUGCCCUGAUGCCGCAGGGUCUCCUCGCUCCUGGAAAUGCAGCUCUCUUCCAGUGUGGCUGAACUCAGCUGUGACGAGACGAUGGACCCACCCGCUGAGGACUUCCAGCAGGUCCUGUCCAUUGACCAAAUCCGCUCCAUCCGUGCCAGCAACAACUACGUGGAGAGACCGGCUGUCUGCUUCCAGCAAGCCCGCUCCAACCCAUCCCUGUCCCAGCCACCACACAAGCAAGAGUGGUCCCAGGACCGCCUGGCGUCUUCCACCUUCCAGGACCUGCACCGCAGCCACAGCCAACAGCACCAGAUGCCACCUUUGCAGCAACACAUGAGCCAUUCCAGCACGGCCAGCUCCGUCUCCCAAAGCACCACCGCCUCCGACCAGCGACUCCUGAGCAGCCUCACGCCCUCCCACUCCGGGCAUUCCCUCAUCCGGACGCAGCCCCGGGCCGGCGAGCUGAAACCAGAGGAAUCGCCGCUGAAGGGGGUGGUGGAGAAGCCCACCCUCCACACCGGCCACCUCUUCAUCUGCGAGGAGUGCGGGCGAUGCAAAUGCGCCCGCUGCACGGCCGCCCGCAGCCUGCCCUCCUGCUGGCUCUGCAACCAGCGCUGCCUCUGCUCCCCCGAGAGCCUCCUCGACUAUGGGACUUGCCUCUGCUGCGUCAAGGGUCUCUUCUACCACUGCUCCACCGACGACGAGGACACCUGCGCCGACGACCCCUGCUCCUGCGGGCCGGGGUCCUGCUGUGCCCGCUGGGCUGCCAUGAGCUUCCUCUCUCUCCUCAUGCCCUGCCUCUGCUGCUACUUUCCUACCCUGGGGUGCCUCAAACUUUGCCAGCGGGGUUAUGACGGCCUGAAACGACCCGGCUGCCGCUGCCAGAGCCACACCAAUACGGUCUGCAGAAAGAUCUCCUCCUCCAGCGGCACGCCUUUCCCCAAGACGCUGGAUAAGCCGGUAUGA